UGUGGAGCAAUUCUGGAGCCCUUGCUUGGCGGGGCCGGGAUCACCGAGGAAUCUAGCGGAAACGGAGCCUCCCAGGGCCGGGAUCCCAGCGGAUCCCUGAGAACCUCAGAGAGGCAUCUACAGAGACAAAGGUCUCAGGAGCCUCGAGCCGCGGAAGAGCUGUGACCGCCGCAAUUGAGUCUCGGCAGGUGCCAGGCAGGGCCCGAGUGACCACGGCGGCUGCAGCGGGAGGACCCGGCUCCGAGCGGCCAGCUGGGGGCGCCCUUCCAAGGAAGGGCCUGUAGCCUACCGGGAGCCACAGGCGAACCAUGAAGGGCGGAACCCCGGGGGAGGAGCUGGAUCUCAUUCCCCACUCCCCUGUUCCCCCUUUACCCCAGGCUGCAGCCUGGGAUUCCCCAGGGACUCCCCGGAACCACCGCUUUCCCCAUGGACUUGCCUGGGGACUCCAGCCCUUCUAGACAGUCAAGCCUGUGCCGCCAGCCCCUAGCCCGAGCAUUAUGGGAAGCCAGGAGCCCGAAAAGACCGAGGCUGCAGCCUUUGGGGUCCCCUUCGCCCCUGGAGAAGGCCUCUCGGCGGGUCCUGGCCGUGGUGCUGGAAGACGUCAUGACUCCAAACAGGAUCCCCCUGGCAUACCAAGAGGACACGUCCAGCUCAAUGAAUCCCAACAAUCAUCAGGAUUCUGUCUGCAGACAGUCACCUGCUUUACUGGGACCCCAGCAGGUCAAGUGGGACUUACAAGCCAGGCCUCCUGACCCACUGCAUUUGUGCCGAGAACCCUUGAGCCGCAUGCACCACUCCUCUCCCACCUUGAGGGUGAGAUCAAGGGCAGCCCCUGGCCCGGAAGAGAGCCCUUCACAAAAGACAGACCAGGUCACCCAACCCACCCUGGUGGUGGUACUGGAAGACAUUGCCAGUCCCAGACAACCAGCUGAGGGUUUUGCUGAAGAUAGGCCCAACUUCAUUGUCCCAGCACAAAGAGCUGAGCCUGUGACAAAAGUUCAUCAGCCAAUGCCUGCAGCCAGAGAACUAGAACCUCCAUUCCAGCCGUCCACUCUGCCUGCUGACCCUCCAGAGAGCCCACUACCAGCCCCAGAUCCUGCUCUGGAGGCCCCAUUGACCCCACCACCGUCCAGCCUCUUACGCCCCCGUCUCAGUCCCUGGGGCUUGGCCCCUCUCUUCCGUUCCGUCCGAUCCAAGCUUGAGAGCUUCGCUGACAUCUUCCUCACGCCUAACAAAGCACCACAGCCUCCACCCCCAUCACCUCCCAUGAAAUUGGAGUUGAAGAUUGCUAUCUCAGAGGCUGAGCAGUCCAGGGCUACUGAGAGAAUUGCAUCUGUCAGCCCCCGGCCCCCUAUCCGCCAGUGGCGGACUCAGGACAAUUCCCCAGCAUCUGUCCCUAAGUUAUCUCUGGGCCGAAGCUACUCCUGCCCUGAUCUAGGGCCCCCUGGCCCAGGUAGCUGUACCUGGCCUCCUGUUCCAUCCCAGCCAAGCCAGUCCAGGCCCCGGAGACAUACAGUGGGUUGUGGGGAGAUGGCCCGGAUCCCACCACCUCCUCGGCCCUGUCUCCGGAAAGAGGUCUUCCCUCUAGGAGGAGUGGGAGCCUCAUCCUCUCUCACUACAUCUUGCUCAUCCACUGCAUCCACUUCCUUCUUCUGCGAAGCAGCAGAACCCAGAUUGGGUUCAACCAAGGGGAAGGAGUUAAAAGCCUCAAAGGACAAGGUGUUUUCUGACCCAGAGACCAAGACCAUGGGAAAGGUUUCUAGAUUCAGAAUACGGAGGACGCCUGUCCGUCUACAACCAAACCUUACACCAAUGGGGCUGCCCCGACCAGUCAGGUUAAACAAGAAGGAGUUCACUUUGGAAGAAAUUUAUACCAAUAAGAAUUACCAAUCGCCCACAGCCAGAAGGACCUUUGAGACCAUCUUUGAGGAACCACGGGAGCGCAAUGGGACUCUGAUUUUGACCAGCUCUAAGAAACUCCGACGGGCUGUAGAAUUUCGGGACAGCAGCCGUCCUCGGUCCCGUCGACCAUCACGAGGGGUCCGCACUGCAGCUGGCAGGACCCCUACUCCCAACCAGGCACCCAGUCAGGAUGUGGGACCUCUGCUGCAAGAACGGCUGAAGGAGCUAGAUGCCUUGCUCCUGGAGGAGGAGAUAGAUAGGAAACAUCCCUGUCAGCUCUAGGAGCUCCAACUGUUUGUCCAUCCAUCCUUCAGGGCGGGGGUAAAUCUCUGGAUCAAUUGUAUUUUUUCUCUAUAUUUCUAUAAAGUUUUCAAUAUGUUUCUGAU